GGUGUGCCUGUUUUAAUAUUUGCUAACAAACAAGAUUUGCCUGGUGCUCGCGAGCCUAAGGAACUGGAAAAGCUUUUGGGUUUAUAUGAGUUGGCGACGCCUGCGCUACAGUACACUUCACUUGGUAAAGCGUCGUCGUCGACUGGGAACGUUGUUAGUUUCAACAACAGUAAUACUAUUAACAGGAUCCCUACUACCGAGAUCAAGUCUAACUUUGCAUCCGAAAGCUCAACACAAUUUAACAAUAUGUCGUUGCAAGGGUACGAAAAUAAUAUUAAUUGUUCAAUUUCUCGCAUAACAAGAGAUUUAAGCAUAACUUUACCUGCGAUAUCCACCUCACUGAGUUCAUCAUUAGAAGAGGCCUCCGUCUUAUCCGGUUCAAGCUCGAUGAAUAGAGAGAAAGCUCUAUCUGCACAAAACCCUAGUAACCUGAUAUUUCAAUCGUCUCCCUCUUCACUAGUAACAUCGCCUACAUCAACUAUACCUACAGGUGGUGCUAGUGCGAUUCUUUUACCUCAGAAGCUUACACUUUCUGCUGCGUCAACAAGUGUACAAUUAAAAAACAAUAGCGGCUGUACAAGCAGUGUCACACAAUACAAAGGCUGGCAUAUUCAACCGGCUUGUGCAAUAACUGGGGAAGGGUUACAGGAAGGAUUAGAAGCUUUGUACGAUAUGAUAUUGAAAAAACGUAAGCUACAUAAAGUAUAUAAAAAAAAAACGAUAAUAACUCAAAUUAAACAUUAGAUAAGCAGAUAAGUUGAACAGGAAAACAAUAGGUAUUUAUGUAAUAAGUGGAUAAGUUAUCUUAAUAUUUAAUGUUUUAAAUACGUUUAAUGGUCGUGAUAUUUUAGCUAAAACGAGACAAGAAGUGUUUGUUUA